GAUGCCUGUCUCACCUUGAAUCCGUCUCACAACUUAUAUAAGAGCAGAGAUGGUAGGGAAGACACAACUCGAAACGAAAACAAAAACCGAAAGAGCGUGAAUGGACAGCGAAAAACCCGUCGUUUGUGUUCUUGAUGCUUCAACCUACGUGGGCUUCUGGAUUCUCAAAGGAUUGCUUGGCAGAGGUUUCACAGUCCACGCAGCCAUCCAGAAUAAUGGGUUUGAUGCAGGGGAAACAGAAAUUCAGAAGAGAAUUAGGGAGAUGGAGAAAGUAGAAGAGAGAUUGGAAGUGUUUGUUGUGGAUGUUUUGGACUACCAUAGCGUUCUUUUGGCUUUGAAGGGUUGCUCUGCUAUGUUCUGCUGUUUAGAUAGUUCAGAUGGAUAUGAAGAAAAAAUGGUGGAUUUGGAGGUGAGAGGAGCAAUUAAUGUUGUGGAAGCGUGUGCUCAGACAGAGACUGUGGAGAAGAUUGUGUUCACUUCUUCUUUGACCGCAGCAAUUUGGAGAGAGAACAUUUGUUCUGAGAAGGAUGUGGAUGAGAAAUCAUGGAGUGAUCAGGAAUUUUGCAGGAAAUUGAAGUUGUGGUAUGCCCUGGCAAAGACACUCUCUGAACAGGCUGCUUGGGCUUUAUCCAUGGACCGGAUGCUCAAGAUGGUUUCCAUAAACUCUGGACUUGUCCUUGGGCCUAGUGUCGUCCAACAGAACCCUCGGACAACAAUGUCUUAUCUUAAUGGAGCGGCUCAAAUGUACGAAAACGGGGUGCUCGCAUUCGUCGACGUGAACUUUCUAGCCGAUAUUCAUAUUCGAGCUCUGGAGGAUGAGUCCACAUGCGGGAGGUACUUCUGCUUUAAUAGAAUUGUGAAUACUGAGGAUGAAGCUGUUAAGCUUGCCGAGAGCUUAAGCCCUUUGAUAUCAUUGCCACCAAGGUAUGAAUACCAUGGGAGUGAGGUGCAUACCGAGCGAUUGAGGACCAAAAAGUUGAGCAAGUUGGUUGAGGGCGCUGCCUAUUAGUACAAGAUGACAGAUUCUUUCAUAAGUUUGUAAUUUUCUUAUUAAGAUCAACAAUUGUGCCAGAAUGUUAUGAUGUGUAGAGUAUUUGAAAAUAAAUUAAGGGGCUAAAAUUAAGUGUUUUUUUUA